UUUCGUGGCUAAGGCCACCGGCCAAAAGUACAGAAAUACCUCAGCUAAGCUGCUUAUGAGGUCCUCCAGAAAAUAGCUUGGCACCUUUCUACAUCCCCCAUCCAUCCCUCUUCCCCAUUGGUCCACAGCCCUUACCCUUUCCAGAAUUCACCUCUCCCUUCUGCCCUCGAAACCACUGUACCACUGGACCUACUUGUAUCUUCUGGAUGAGAAGGGCAGACUUUGACAGGAUACGUAGACAAAAUGGCGGUCUUAAAGGUGACGUUCACCAAGACCACUCGGGGCAAGCUAGCCCUGGUGUUGUGGGUCCUUAACUGGAUCUCUGUGUUAACGGGCAUCAUCCUCUUCAGCCUGGGCCUCUUCCUGAAGGUGGAGAUCCAGAAACGGAAGGAGCUGAUGUCCGCUGAUGUCCACUCAGUGCCCGACAUGCUCAUCGCCACAGGCCUGGUGGCCUGCGUCAUCAACUUCCUGGGCGGCAAGAUCUGCUACGAUUGCGUUGAUACCACCAAGUUCCUGCGAUGGAAGCUGCUGAUGCUACCGUACAUCGUGUGCACCUUCCUCUUUACCUUCUGCAUCCUGGUGGGUGCGCUCAUGUGCUACAGCAUGAGGAACGAACUGGAGGAGUCACUAUUUCUGGGAUUGCGUAACGCCAUGCUCUACUACAAGGACACAGGCACGCCGGGACGAUGUUAUCUCAAACGCACAGUGGAUUUGCUGCAAAUCCAAUUCCAGUGUUGCGGAAAUGCCGGCUUCCGCGAUUGGUUCCAUGUCCAGUGGAUCAACAACCGCUGGUUGGACAUGACCCACAGUGAAGUAACAGACCGUCUGAGGAGUAACGUGGAUGGAAAGUACCUGAUGGACGGAGUACCUUUUAGCUGCUGUAACACAUUCUCUCCACGACCCUGCAUCCAGACCCAGGUCACCAACAACUCCGCCCACUACAACUAUGACUGGAAGACGGAGGAGCGCAACCUGUGGACGAGGGGCUGCCGUCAGGUCCUGCUGGACCAUUACACCAACAUCAUGCAGUCCAUCGGCUUUAUCGUGCUCCUCAUCUGGUUGUUUGAGCUAUGGGUGCUGACGGGCGUCCGGUAUCUUCAGACAGCUAUGGAGAACCUUCUACGGCAGGGUGACCCCGACCUGGAGUCUGACGGCUGGCUCCUGGAGAACAGCAUUGCCCAGACGGCCCGCUCUAACUUAAAAAUCAUCAAGAACCUAGGCAAGUGCUACCAGGUGGACGAUGAUCCUAACAUCGAUGUGCCCAGCACCGCUCAGCAAGAGGUCCCGUCCUCCCACAUUAAGGUGCCACCAACCUCCUGUGCAAGAAAGUGAUGGACAUAAACUGUUUAACAAAUUGUAUAAAGGGAAAUGGAAACAGCAAACUUGAAUUGCCUUCUACAGUUUCUUCAACUCAAUCUCCUGUGUGUAACUUUUUUUGUAUUAUGGGUUACUUAAGCAAUAAGGCCCGAGGGGGUGUGGUAUAUAGC